GUCGGACCGCGGCCCGGGAGGGCGAGGGGCGGGCGCACCGGCGGCGGGCGGGAUGGCCGGGCGGCGGGUGAACGUGAAUGUGGGCGUGCUGGGCCACAUCGACAGCGGCAAGACUGCGCUGGCCCGGGCGCUGAGCACCACGGCGUCCACCGCCGCCUUCGACAAGCAGCCCCAGAGCCGCGAGCGCGGCAUCACGCUGGACCUGGGCUUCUCGUGCUUCGCGGUGCCGCUGCCCGGCGCGGCUGAGCCCGAGGAGACGCUGCUGCAGGUCACGCUGGUGGACUGCCCGGGGCACGCCUCGCUCAUCCGGACCAUCAUCGGCGGAGCCCAGAUCAUCGACCUGAUGAUGCUGGUCAUCGACGUGACGAAGGGGAUGCAGACCCAGUCAGCAGAGUGCCUCGUGAUCGGCCAGAUUGCCUGCCAGAAGCUGAUCGUGGUGCUAAACAAAAUAGACCUCUUAGCUGAAGGGAAGAGACAGACAGCCAUUGACAAAAUGACCAGGAAAAUGCAGAAGACCCUCGAGAACACGAAGUUCCGGGGUGCUCCAAUUAUACCUGUAGCGGCCAAACCUGGGGGACCAGAGGCCCCUGAAACUGAAGCCCCACAGGGAAUCUCAGAGCUCAUUGAGCUCCUGAAGUCCCAGAUUUCCAUCCCGACAAGAGACCCCUCGGGCCCCUUCCUCAUGUCUGUGGACCACUGUUUCUCCAUCAAGGGCCAAGGCACGGUGAUGACUGGGACCAUCCUUUCGGGCUCCAUCAGCCUCGGCGACAGCGUGGAGAUUCCUGCCCUCAAGGUAGUGAAGAAGGUGAAGUCCAUGCAGAUGUUCCACACACCCGUCACCUCGGCCAUGCAGGGAGACCGGCUGGGCAUCUGUGUCACCCAGUUUGACCCCAAGCUGCUGGAACGUGGGCUAGUAUGUGCACCCGAGUCACUGCACACUGUCCACGCAGCCAUCAUCUCCGUGGAGAAGAUCUCAUAUUUCCGGGGGCCACUGCAGACCAAGGCCAAGUUCCAUAUCACAGUGGGCCAUGAGACGGUCAUGGGCCGCCUGCUGUUCUUCGGCCCUGCGCCCAGCAGCUUUGACCGCGAGCCUGUGCUGGACUCCUUUGACUUCUCUCGCGAGUACGUCUUCCAGGAGCAGUACCUGUGCAAGGACGCAGCACCAGCAGUGGUAGACAGUGAUGAGAACAAGCAGACAGGCCAGGCCACAGAGGACUGCUGCCCCCAGCAACAGUGGGCCCUGGUGGAGUUCGAGAAGCCCAUUACCUGCCCGCGGCUGAGCCUGGUCAUUGGCUCCCGGCUGGACGCGGACAUCCAUGCCAAUGCUUGCCGGCUGGCAUUCCACGGGCUGCUGCUGCACGGGUUGGAGGACAGGGGCUACGCAGAGAGCAUCCUGCCCACGCUGAAGGUGUACAAGCUGAAGCACAAGCAUGGCCUCGUGGAGCGGGCGAUGGAUGACUACAGUGUGAUUGGCCGCUCUCUGUUCAAGAAGGAGACUAAUAUCCAGCUCUUCGUGGGGCUCAAGGUACACCUGUCCACGGGAGAGCAGGGCGUCAUUGACAGUGCCUUUGGCCAGAGCGGCAAGUUCAAGGUCCACAUCCCUGGUGGCCUCAGUCCUGAGUCCAAGAAGAUCCUGAUGACAGCUGUCAAGAAGCGGGGCCGAGCAGGCCACGGGGAGGCGGCCAAGCAGGAGGAGGGUGCCGAGCGCCCAGAGCCCGCUCAGCACGUGGAGCUCAGCCUGUCAUUCAAGCGCUAUGUCUUCGACACCCAUAAGCGCAUGGUGCAGUCUCCCUGAGGGCCCCCGUGACCUGCUAGGGCUGUAGGGCCUGGUACUCAGCCGGACGUGCCUCAGCUUCCCCAAGGUCUCCCCACAGUCCCGCAACCGAGGGCAUCCACGCCACUGCCGCCUAGACUUCCUGCUCAGCCACAGUGACAAGACCACAGUGGUGGGGACAGUGCCAAGAGGGCCUGUAGCCCCUGGUGUGACAGCCAGGACUGGCUGGGAGAGGGCCAAGGCCAGGGAGCCGCCUGCCCUCCGCAUGCCCAGCCUCAGCCCUGCCCAAGUGGACAGCCUUUGGUGGCUGCAAAUAAACGCCCUGUGGCCCCAGCC